UUUGCAAGCUCAUGGGGAGUGAAUAUAGGGCGAAGAGUCUUCGUUUGGGCUUGCAUGCGUCCGUCGCGUCGAAUGAUCGGCUGCCAAGACGCAUCAUGGACGACAAUUGGCAGACAUGAAGCAUGAAACAGCGGGGCUCCCUCGUCUUUGUCUCAACAACAUCUACGACAACGACCACCUCACUCCGUUCAUCAUCACCACAUCCAUCGUCAACCCGACCGCGACUCACCUUCCCCGAUAUGUAUCCCCGUCCAGAUUUUGAGCGAACGGGCCUGCGCUGGCAGUCCUUGAAUGGAGACUGGGACUUUCUCUUCGACGACGAGGACGUCGGCCAGAAGGAUCGCUGGUUCGAUCUGGGUCUGCCCGCCUACGUUGACUUGACGGGCAUUGGGGCCUCAAAUGACAGUCAGUUCUCCGAAAGCGAGUCCAUCACUCGCAAGAUCACAGACGGCACGCAGAGCGCCAUCGAAGGCAACUUCAAAUCGCAAAAGUCCGCCGUCACCAGGAACAGUCUGCAAACGAUCAAAGUGCCGUUCGUCUUCCAGUCGCCUGCAUCGGGCCUCAACGAGCGCGGCGUCCAUGAAGUCAUGUGGUAUCAGCGCGAAAUCACCCCUCCGAUCAGCGAGGACGAGAUCAAGUCCGGCGACAGGCUCCUGUUGCGCUUCGGCGCCGUCGACUACGACGCCAAGGUCUGGGUAGCUGGCCAGUAUGUCGGCGGUCAUCGCGGCGGCCAUGUCCCGUUCGACCUCGACAUCACCGAUGCAGUCGCCUCGUCCGACGCGAACGCGCCCGUCCCCAUCAUCGUGCGUGUCUACGACUCGGCGUACGAUCUGACCCAGCCGCGUGGGAAGCAGUACUGGGGUGCCAAACCCGAGAGCAUAUUCUACACGCCCUCAGGGGGGAUCUGGCAGAAUGUAUGGCUCGAGACCGUCACCUCGUCGAGAAUUGCAGACAGCUCCAACGGCACCGUCAUCCGCUCCAACGACAUUGAUAGUGGGAAGCUGCACGCCUCGAUCGCUGUCGCCGGUCGCAAGGCGGGGUUCCCCUACCAUGUUGAGAUUGAGGCAUCUCUCGCAGGAGUCCCGGUGUCGAAAUCUGAAGCGCUCAAAUUGCCGCGUGAGAAGGACAAUGUUGAGGGUACAUUGAGCCUACGCCUGUCGGGAGAGCAGAUCUCCAAGCUACCAGAGACCCUUACCAGCUCAGCCCCGCUUGACGAUGCCCGGGCGUGGAAGGAUGGCGUUGCUUUGUGGUCGCCAGAGUUUCCAUCGCUCUACGACCUGACCAUCCGGCUGUUCGAUGACUCGGGGGAGACCAAGCUGAUUGACGAAGUCAAGACUACCACAGGCAUGCGGUCGCUCGACUGGACCAGCGGCAACGGCGCGCUAAACCUGAACGGCAGGCCGUACUUUCAAGCCCUCUGUCUCGACCAGGGAUACUGGCCAGACACGUUCAUGACACCGCCAUCCCCGGAGAGCCUCAAGGCCGAUAUAGAGCUGGCCAAGGCCAUGGGCUUCAACGGCUGCCGCAAGCACCAGAAGGUCGAGGACCCCAUCUUCAUGUACUGGGCCGACCGUCUGGGCUACCUCGUCUGGGGCGAGAUGGCCAACGCAUACCAGUUCAGCGCCCAGUACGUCGACCGCUUCAACCAGGAAUGGCUCGAGUCGGUCAAGCGCGACAUCAACCAUCCCAGCAUCGUGACCUGGACGCCCGUCAACGAGAGCUGGGGCUACACCGACCUGCAAGCCAACCUCGAGCAAAGAAACCACAUCCGCUCCCUCUACUACCAGACAAAAACCCUCGACCCAUCCCGUCCAAUCAACGACAACUGCGGCUGGCAACACGUCCUCACCGACCUCUCCACCUUCCACGACUACUCCGACUCGCCCGCCCUCGCAGAAACAUGCUCCUCCCUCGCCGGCAUCUUCAGCCCCAAAGCCAACCGCCCCGUCUGGCUCCCCGCCAUCCCGCCCCACGACCCAGGCUCCGCCCACGUCCCCGGCGCCCCCAUCAUCUGCACCGAAUUCGGCGGCGUCAACAUCGCGCCCGCCAAGGGCGCAGAGGACAAGGAGUGGGGCUACACCACCGCCGCCGACCCCAGCGACCUGCUUGCGCGGAUUGAGAAACUCGUCCUUGCUGUUGUCGAGGGCGGGCAUUGUUCUGGCUUUGUGUGGACGCAGCUGUCGGAUAUCGAGCAGGAGACGAAUGGGCUCUAUGCGUUUGAUCGGACGCCCAAGUUGCCGGCUGCGGAGGUGAGGGCUGUUAUGGAGAGGGCGCUGGGGGUGUUUUAUGGGAACUCCAAGGAGGUGGCGUAGGGGUCUCACCGUGGAUGCUGUUGGACGGUGUAUGAGCGUGCUGUACUGUGUAUAGUCUAUCAGAGACGCAGAUAUAUAGACUCACCGAACGUUCAUGACCACCCGA